CUCUGGGAAGCCUGAAUCCUUGUAUGACCACUACCUCCUGGACCGUCAGUGAUGCUGGAAGCUCUUGUAAAACUUCUUUCUUUCAGGACAAAACUACAUCAUGCCAGCUCUGUAAUGGACAGUGUGUUCUCUCCCUGGUAGAUUUCACGCCAGCAGACAACAAAGCUAGAUCACCUCCAAGACAGCCGUCUCUAUCUCUUCCUCGGUCUUCGUGGGCUUCUCCGUCUCUCUCGCCAUCUUCUUCCUCGGCCAGGAUCUCUGGGAUUAGUCCGGAUGCCACUUCCCCACCUCAGGGCUCCGCUGGGUCUGACAGUCCACCCACCCCGAUCUUUCUGAGACGUGCCAGAUCCCACGGAGUACUCCUAGAAAUUCCCCUCUAUGUCCCCCACGAGCCAGUGCUGGAGCGGGCAGAGUUCUGCCUGGUGAGCCCUGUCCUGGACAGCCUCACCAGCCCCACGGAGAUGAGUGCUGGUGUGAGCCCACAAGCACAGGAUCCUCCCAGGGACGCCAAGAGCAUCCUCCAAGAUCCGCACCCCACUUUGGGGAACAGCAGAUGCUUGUCGGACCAGAAGCCACCUCCCAGGACUGCAGAGGGACGAGGGGAAGGGAGGAAUGAACCCAGGAGGGAACAGGAAGGCAGAUCAGAGCUGGCAGAGGACAAGAAGUCAGGCCUGAAGAAGCUGGUCCUGAGUCCGGAGCAGAAGGACAGGUUACUGGAUUGGAAUGAUCCCAUCUCUGGCAAUGUGCGGCUCCCCCAGGACAGCACUGAGAACGGCAGAGGAGGCCGCCCCUUGCCACGCCCUCAAGCACUGCCAACCCAGAGAGCAGUCCAGGGGCAGACGGGGGCCCAGGCAGACCCUGCACUGGGGGAACAAACAGUGCCUUCUCCCAAGUCCCCACUGAAGUUCCUAACACAUGCCUUCCGGAAGACCCUCCGGUCCAGCUCCGAAAGUGGGAAGAAGUCCGGGACCAAGGCUGAAUCCAAAACUUCCCCCACCCAGCAGCGCUCCUUCAGCCUUCGGAAAAACAAAGAGCGGGCCCCGUGGUCUCCCGGAAGAGACAUGAUGAACAAAGCUGCUGCCUUCUUUUUCCCUGGCUCUCCAGUGGCCAAAGCAGCCCAGGUCCCGGACACGAGCCCUGCUGACCCUGCUCUCCGUACCCACAGUCUGCCCAAUCGACCACCACUCAAAGGGCCACCUGAACUUGCAUCCCCUCGCAGCAAUAAGAUGGACGAUGUCUCUUCACUCCUGGAGAAAGUGACUUUGCGAGAACACUCCGAGGGCCCCAGGGUUCCAAAGAGAAGAUUCUCUCUGUUUUCCUCCUUCAGAAUCAAGACGAGAUCUUCUGAGAGUUUACCCCAAGAACCCAAACCAAGGAAGGAUGUGAGAGACCUCUUUGGGGGUCCCAAGGAGACAGGGCUGACCAUGGAUGGCAGGCAGGCCUUGGAGAAGUCGGGGCAGCUGGCUCAGCCUCCUCCUGCAGUGGGAGAUACAGGCUCCAGGCACAUCCCUGUGAGGGCGCAGGCGAUAGAUGCUGUCUCUUCUCUUUCUUCUGCCACCUCCUCCUCUACAGAUGAAGAAAUGGAUUCCCAGCUUUCAUUGCAGGCAAAGGAAAAGAAAACUCUUCGAAGAAGAAGGAAGCUGGAAAAAGCAACCAGGCAGUUGGCUAAGCAGGAGGAAUUGAAACGACUCCAUAAGGCUCAGGCCAUCCAGAGGCAGCUGGAGGAAGUGGAGGUGCGGCACAAGGCUUUGGAGAUCAAGGGCGUGAGACUGGAGAAGGCGCUGAGAGGAGAAGCAGAUUCAGGCACACAGGAUGAAACACAGCUUUUGCAGGAAUGGUUACAGCUGGCCCUGGAGAAGAAUACAUUAAUGCGAUACGAGAAAGAACUACUGAUCAUGGCCCGAGAACUAGAAUUAGAAGAUCAUCACAGCAGACUGCUGCAGAAAUUCCGAGAGAAGAUGUUCAAGGAUGAGAACCAGAAGGACGAGAAUGAUCUAAUUGAGGAGCAAGAAAUAUUCACUGAGAUGAUGCAAGUGAUCGAGCAAAGGGACAGGCUGGUGGACUCCUUGGAGGAACAGCGUCUCAAAGAGAAGGCCGAGGACCAGCAUUUUGAGAACUUUGUGUUCCCCCGGGGCUGUCAGCUGAGCAGGACAUGAGGAGGUCCCAUCCCUGGAAGCAAGCUGUACACUGCACCCUUUGGAGGGACCUAUCAUGCCUGGAAUUUGAGUUGCACCCUACUACAUUAUGCUUGUAAACCAGAAUUCUCUCAUGCACACAACAGCUCUCCAGGAUCAUUCCAGAGAGACGAGGAAGACGAAAACACAAAGACCCUUGAUGCGGCUGCCAACGUAGGCUAAGCUGUCAGUGGAGGCGUCCCUGGCAAAUGACCAACAUUGUUCCCAUCAAGUGACACAGAGAAGUGGCUUUCCUAUGACUUUUGUCAUCUUCCUUCCCAAUUCAUUGAGUUACAUACUCAGAACAUUUUAAGAAGCUGCCUGUUCAUGACUAUAUCCCUAUUUGCCUUUUUUUUUUUCUCGUGGAUGACUGGUUUCCAAAUGUCAAAACAGCAGAAACCAUUUAAAGAUUAGGUUAAUAUUUAAAUUGUGUUUCCAGAGAAAGAAGAGAAACUUUGAGAUUACUGAUUACACAAAGCAAAUAACUAGUAUAGCAGGUGCUAAUUCAAUCCAGGACAAAUUUAAUUUACCAGGUGUAUUUAUAAGCCUUAAUAGAAUAUACAUCAGCAAUAAGAGUUUAAUAGAACAUUUGAGCCUUAAUUUUAUUAAAGAGGGAAAAGGAAAUCUAACUUGAACUUCAUGCCAGCAGGAUUGUUAGUUUUCACCAAAUACUGUAGCUUAAAGGAGCCUUUGUUCACACACUGCCCUCCUUGUAGCCCCUGCAACAUAAUAAGUGUUUUGAGAAACUGAAUGAUUUUGAAGGGCUUUUUUGGUAAGAGCUGCUGAUGGCCAAAAGGGAAACUUUCAUUUGUUGGUUAAACACGGGUGGGGGUGGGUGGGUUCUGUUACUCCAGAGGAAUGAAGAGCAGUGCCAGAUGAAGAAUGCUGCUCGGUGAUGGUCUUCUGAGCACCUGGCAGGGACAGGUUUCCAACUCCAGGGAUUGCCAGGAACUGCACAGGACAAGGGCAAACCUGCCUCUGACUUCCUGGAAGAGCGGAAUACAGGGACUCCAGCUACAAAGCUCCCAAAUAGGUCGUGGAAUUUUAAAAAAUAAUAUUUCUGAUCUGAAAAGAAAGCUGGGAGCUGGAGAUUGUGCACCACCACAUUGGCGAUUCUGGGAUUUGGGGGAGGCACUUUGAGACCAAAGAAGAGAAGAUUGCAAAUGGUGAUAUGUUGUCCUAAGCACGGGGUUUGUUGGCCCUCCAUGGGAUUCUUUGAAAAGCUAGUCUGUUACUGACAAGAUAGAGGCAGCUGGUCUUAUUUCUGUGUUUGAGUUUGUCAUCAUACAGAAGGUACCUUGAGACUCUCAGCUCUGACUUCAAGGCCACAUUUUUCUCAAUGACCUUCUUCCUGACAUGGUGUCCAUGACACUGAUUUGGCCAGCUGGCAGCCAGGAUUUAAAUGUGGAUGGUCUUCCCCCUGAAUCUGCCAAUUUUGGAUGUAAACCCAAGCUUGGGGUUAGUAUACCAUGUUCCAAAGAUUGGAGUUCUUUGUUUUUUUUCUUUCAUCCCUCCCUUCCUUCAUCUCUUCCUUCCAUCCUCUAUGCACUUACCUACAUGCCAAUUUCCUUACCUACUGAUUUAGAAAAACUGCCACUUUUCUAUUUAUCUUUUAUUUAUUUGUAUAUUUUGUGUGAAUUGAUAAUAUGAUUUUCUCCUAAUUCUGCCUUUUCUGUGUUAUAAUUUGGACAUGACCUAUUGUCACUAAGAUUGAUGUAUAAGCUAUUUGAUAUACAAAAAACUCAGGUGUUUAGGAGCAGUUGUAUAGUAUUCAAGAUUGAGGGAGAGAGACAAAAUAAUAUGCUUAGCCAACAGACAUUUAGAAAUAAGCUCUAGUACAUUCUGAAGACCGAUGAUGUUGAGAACUGGACAGCACUUCACUGUCCCACUAAAGAACACCGGUGACUGUGAUCAGGGUUAAAAAAACCUGAUGGUUCUGAAAGGAACAGAAAGGCCCAAGCUUGGAUUGUAUUUUCGCUCAACUCAUGCAAUGCCUAUAUUAGCCAAAAGGGCUUAAGGCAAUAAAAAGGUCAGGAUUUUACUGACA